UGACUGUAAGAUUUAUACGCUGCUAGUAGGAGGAAAAUGAACUGUAACUUUUUUCUGAAUAAGCUAAUAAAAACUAGAUACAGACGAGAGAAUCUGGGUUUGACUCAAUUUCUUAAAGGACAAACACGUCGAGAAAAUUUCACGGUGGCAAGUCAUGGUUAUUCACUGGUUUCGGGCUCGAAGAAGCUAUGGAGAAUUUCAAUAUGCCCGUAGCCACACUCAAGCAGAUUCACCAACUCGGAUCAUCAAACCUAGAACCUUCCACAUUUUUCUUGUCUAGUAGGAAACCGGAGGCUGUGCCCUCACCACUUGCUGUUGUUUCCUUUUUUAUUUGUUGAAAUGGCUAGAGAAUAAAGAGGUGAGUGUUUGACAAGAAGUAAAACGCAGUGACUGACUAGUGACGAGAGGGGUGGCAGAGCUCUCAGGCUGAGUGUUUGUCAAACGCCAAUGGCCAUGGCGGCGAUGCUGGACUGGAGACACCCCCAAAACUUCACACUCGACAUGAACGUCAAGGAAGAAGAAGAAGAAGUCGCCGACUCUGAGUAUUUCCCAGAAGAAAAAGAAGACGACGAAGACCACGGCGAAGCAGAAAGCUUGACCGUUUCCCAGUUUCGUCUCCGCAGCCGCCCAAAAUCCCUUCAUUCACCUCCACCUUUGGUAGAGGUAGAGCAGAGGGAGCAGACAUUGGAGACCAAGCAAAAUGUGCUCAGCACCUGCAGACGUCCUUCACGACCGACCCAUAUCACCAAGCGAAAAGUUCCUGGUCAUCCUCAGAAGCAUGGAGAUGGAGGGUGUAAACGGAAGAGAACCAUUUUCGACUCUUUUAAGGAUCAUGAAAUAUCUUUUGCGAGAAACCAAGUUCAGGACAUCCAGGCAAAUAUUGGAGCUGACCCCGUCUUUGUCAAGUCUAUGAUACGUUCAAAUGUUUCCUCUUGCUUUUGUUUGACACUGCCUAAGCAAUUCUGCCAUUUGUAUUUGCCAUUGCAUGAUGCAACAUUAGCCCUCGAAGUUGAAGGUGGGGAAAAAUACAGAGUGACGUUUCUUGGGGAAAGGAGGAUAGUCAGUGCUGGAUGGCAAAAGUUUUCUACUGCAAACAAGUUGCUUGUCGGCAACCUUUUAGUUUUCCGUUUGGUCAGGCCCUUGAAGUUUAAGGUGUACAUAAUGGGAAGACAUAGUCUAGCUGAAGUAGAUGCAGCUUUUAGCCUCUUGAAAAUGAAAUCCUGUGCCACCAAAGAGGUUUUUGGGAAAAAACAUCUAAUGACUCCUCCACGAGAUGUUUCACAAGUCAACAUUCAAAAGAAAAGUUUGAAAUUAGGUACUAAUCCAGAGCUUGAUGCCAACCAAUCUGAGGAUGACAGUGAGGACUUCACCUCCAACUUAGCGGCAGAUAUUACAAUUCAAGGACCAGCAGCUGAUUUUGAAGAUGUUAGAAUAAUUGAUAAUUUCCCCAUUCUUGUGAAUGGUGUGACUAUAGAUACUCAACUCUCCGCGCAGGUCAGGACUAUCUAUUAUGAUCUAUGCUGCUCACAAGGCUCAUUUUUGCAUGACAAUAUCCUCAAAAGUAUUGACAGUAAGUUGGCUGCUGAAAUAAUAACCGAAACCACCAACAUCGCUAAUGCCAUUAGAGCUUGCAAGCUGCCCCCCUCCCGUGCUGAUUGUGUAAUGCAGGAGAAGACCUUACACGCCUUUGAGCUGUUGGGUAUGGAUGUUGGAUUUCUACGCGCGAGACUGAAGCGGUGUCUGAGCGUGGCCUCCAAAUACGAAGUGGCCGCGGAAUCAAAGAGGUAUUUAGAAGGUAAAGUUGAGCAAGUUUGUAUGAGGGAUAAGAUGAGAGAUCUUGAUUCAAAGCUUUCGGAGUUGAAAGAGACCAUGGAAAGUUUUGAUGCUAAGAUAAAGGCUUUAAAAAAAAAUUCGAGGAAGCGCGAACUUAUCUUUCCAUGAAGAUUUUGGUGGUCCGUGUUGAUGAAAAGUAAAAGAAAACACGCACACGCACACACAAAAGCCCUUUUAGGGUUCAACAGAAUUCAAUGGCUUAGAUGAUUUUGUUUUUCUUCAAGUAGAUGUAGGGAUUUCACAUGCUUGAGUUGGUUGUUAUACAUGGUCCUUCACCUUAUCUAAUCAAAUCCUUUGCUACUUUUAAUAGUACUGUUUGGAGAGUAUGUGUAAUUAUUUAUUAUUUUACUUGCAAUGCACGUUUAAAAUGGGGAUCUUUACAU